CCAUUUCGGUUUACAUAUUUUUCUCCUGACGAACCUGCUACUAUCCACGCACGAUCAUUUAGUGAAAUUCCUAUGCGUGGAGAGAAGCUGAGCACAAUGAUCAAAAAGGGGUGUUUCUGGAUAGAUAUCCUGGAUCCUACAGAUGAGGAAAUGCGGGCGUUGAGUUCAAUAUUUCGGAUUCAUCCCCUAACAGCCGAGGAUAUUAGUAUGGAAGAACAGCGAGAAAAGUGCGAAGUGUUCAAAAACUAUUACUUCAUUUGUUUCCGUACAUUUGACCAAGACCAAUUCUCUCCAACGUAUCUCUCUCCAAGUGCACUCUACAUUGUGGUUCUCAAAGAAGGUGUACUGACGUUCCAUUUUCGUCCAAUGCCUCAUCAGCACAACGUUCGAAAGAGAAUAAAACAACUCAAAGACUACAUCAAUGUCACACCAGAUUGGAUAUGUUAUGGUCUUUUGGAUGACAUUACAGAUUCAUUCGCUCCUUUGAUUAGGGCGGUAGAGUUUGAAGUGGACUCAAUUGACGAGCUGGUUCUCAUCCUAAAAGAGUCGGAGCAGUCAGAUAUGUUGAGGCGGAUUGGCUACUGUCGAAAGAAGAUGAUGAGUCUACUGAGACUCUUGGUUACCAAAGCAGAUGUUGUAAAGACAUUGAUAAAGCGAGGCGAGGUCAAACAAAUAGACGGUACUAGACCAGCAUUGAGUAAUGAGGUUGCAUUAUAUCUUGGAGAUGUCCAAGAUCACAUAAUUACCAUGUUACAAUCUCUUAAUCAUUACGAAAAGAUUUCCUCGCGAUCUCAUUCGAAUUACCUUGCCCAGAUAUCAAUUGAAAUGACUCAAACUAAUAAUGAAAUCAAUGACAUCUUGUCAAAGUUGACUGCACUCGGUAGUAUACUGGUCCCAAUGAAUCUUGUCACUGGUCUUUGGGGAAUGAAUGUUCAAGUACCAGGUCAAUUUCAAGUAAACUUGACCUGGUUCACUUCCAUAAUGCUGUCAAUUUUGAUAUUCUGCGUUGGAUCUACUAUGCUUAUGAGAUACUACAACAUUGUAUAA